AUGUCCCUGGAAAGUGUUCGUGUCCACCCGGUCAUUGAGACCAUGAUCAACCUGACUGCAGGAGCUAUAGGUGGCGUGGCCUGUGUCCUGAGUGGCCACCCCUUUGACACGGUGAAGGUGAAGAUGCAGACCUUUCCCGGCAUGUACAGGGGCUUCAUGGAUUGCUCUGUGAGGACCUACAGGCAGGACGGGUUCCACGGGCUCUACCAGGGCACAAUGCCUGCGCUGGUGGCCAACGUGGCCGAAAACGCUGUCCUUUUCGCGUGCUAUGGGUUCUGCCAGCAGCUGACCAGGACGUUGUACGGACUGGAGAGAGUGUCAGAACUCAGUGAUUUGCAGAAUGCAACCGCGGGUUCAUUUGCAUCCGUGUUCUCCUCCCUGGUCUUGUGCCCCACUGAGCUGGUGAAGUGUCGGAUGCAGGCUGUGCAUGAGAUGAAAGUCACAGGCAAAACCUCCCUGCAUCGUCGGGUCUCCACGUGGUCUGUCAUGAGGAGCGUCAUGCAGACAGAGGGGCCCCAGGGCUUCUUCCAGGGUCUGACCAGCACCUGGCUCCGGGAGGUCCCUGGAUACUACUUCUUCUUCGGGGGCUACGAGAUCAGCAGGACCUUCUUCACCAAAACAGGGCAGGCGAAGGGUGAACUGGGGGCGGUCCCGCUGGUUGCGAGUGGUGGGAUUGGAGGAGCCUGCUUCUGGCUCGCAGUUUACCCAGUAGACUCAGUCAAGUCCCGAAUCCAAGUUCUGUCAAUGGCUGGGAGACAGACUGGGUUCCUGUCCUCUUUUAUCAACAUCAUUAAAACUGAAGGUUUCUUGGCUUUGUAUUGCGGACUGACCCCGACCGUUAUUCGAGCGUUCCCUUCCAAUGGCGCUCUCUUCCUGGCUUAUGAAUUAACCAGACGAUCCCUCACUAACCAGGCUAGCAACCACUGA